UUAAACUUUUAACGUUUCCAACGCUACGCCCUAUAAAGUGCACUUGCUGAUUGUUGUGCUAAUUUGAAAAAGUUUUACAUGUAAAGAAAACAAUAGUACUUUUGAGAAUCAUGAUGCACUCAUAAUUAGUGUAUUUUCUGUCUUCUGGAAGCUAAGCUAUUUUACAUACAAUACUAAAAUAUAAAAUAUCCUCUCAUUUAUAUUUCAUUCAUACAUUUUCAUUUCAAUUAUACAUUUGAUACUGUACUGUAAAUGUCAGUUAACACAAUUAGAACUUUAAUGGUUGCACUUUUAAAUACACAAAUCGAUAACAUGACAACUGUUGUUGUAUUUUUACAGUUCUUACACAAUAUCAAGAUUCCCCUCAUUGAACUGUAAGAGAGCUAUAUGCUCCCUUGUUACAAAUUAUCAUUAUUCUUAGCUCCGUUGCAACAAGAUCAGAUUUUACGUAAUUUUGUUGAGGUGAAAAACUUAAAUAAGCAAUUAUGAGAAAUACUUGAAGGAGACUGGGGGAUUUCCUAAGACUGUCAAGUAAAGCAUUUCCUGUGUGGUUUAGAGGUUAAGAGAAAUUGUCUUUGAUCUUUUUUGUCCCUAAUAAAAAAACAGACCUGUCUGCACGAAUACUGCUGAAUUUACACAGUCUCACUUCCAAAGAGUUGGCGAGAGUUGGUAAACAUUAGAAGGGGGUGUCUUGGUAGAAAGUGCCUCUAUACUGUUCUCAAGACUGGGCUGCCACACCCACAUCCAAACCCCAGGAUGUUAAAACAACAAUACCGAUACAGGGGAAAGUGACCACAGUAACCACGGCAAAUCCAACACUUCCAGUUUCUCCUCCUUCCCAUGACACUUUACCUAUAGUGAAUGUUUUUUGGUAAGAAUUGUGGAAAGUACCAGGUACUUGUACAACUACGUUUACCUGUGUUUUGCUGAGAAGACACUGAUUUCCCCUGUGACUUACCACAUCAGUGUCACACUUAUGCAGGAACAACAGACUUCUUACCCAAGAAACUACAUUUAUUUGCCUAAGUGUAUGAAUAUAUUUUUACAGAUGUGGCUGUGAGAUCAGCCUUUAAUUGGAGGACUAUAGUAAGUUUGUGCAAGUUCUAAACUUUUGGCUCUGGGGAUUCCCUUGUAGGCCUGAGUCGUAAAGAUUCAAAAUAAAGCUUAGCUCAGUUAAUAUCAGAUGCAUGUUUUUGUCCACUUCAGUCAUUCUGCAUGCUACAAAAAUGCAAUUGCAUCACACAAAAGUUGAGUAAAAGUUCAGCAAAGUCUUUGUCAUCUUCCUUCCUUGUCUGAACUUGAUAGGUGGCUGAAAUUCCCAACUUUGUGCUUUUGCGUCAAAAGAUCGAAAGGUAUCAGUGAAAAUCUAGUGUUGAGAAACUAUCUUCCUAUUACAAGACCACUUCCUGUUCAACCAACAGGCAUAGAGUUCAGAGCAAGGGUGGAUGAGCGCUGUUGCUGGAUGGUGGUUCCUUUUCUAAUUUUUGUUGUUUUUGACAUGGUUUUGACAAAUUUAGAGCAAUAUUAUUGACUGAACAUGAUGAUAAACAUAAUGUAAUGGCAGAAAAGUCUGAUCUCAAAAUCCAAGGGUAUAUCUGCCUACAAAUGUUAAUAAAUAAAAGUAAUCUGCUUAUUUAAUGUUAUCCCAAAUACACAUGGCAUUGUGCAACACAAAAAUCUUUUUAAGAUAUGAGAGGUAAGAGUAAAAUCUCAUGACAUUUUUGCUUGUCUGACAUCAAACGUAAAUCAGCUAUGACAAAUAGACAUAAUUGCUCAACCUAUCCAGACUCUGCAUCACGUAAGGAGAUACAGCUACACAAAAACUGGGUGGCAACUAAAGAAGGAGGGAACAUUACACAUAGUACAUGUGAUAAUGAAGACGCAAACGAAAAAAAAAAUUCUGGGAACUCUUGUUGCCUCAGAAAGCUGGCCGCGUCAUUUCCUUCCAGUGACAAAUGUGUGGUUUCAGUCUUUAAAAACUUUUUCAGAGUUGUGAUCAUGACCAGUUUGAAACUUUGUCUGUGAACGGAGAAUGAAUUGUCAUGUUAGGAACAUGGUCUGCCUGUCUCAGAGAUCACAAGCAAAAUUCAGAAUAAUCCUCCCUGUCCUCAUCUUGAUUGCUUUUGUGCAUCCAACAAUGUCGUGCAAGAAUGAGAACUGCAGCCAGCAUCUUCACCGUAGUCUGAAGCUCACUAGGAUGAUGAGCAAAAGGACAGCAGAGUUCUUAGAAUUAUAUAAAGCCAGUCAAGGAGAUUCUGGAGACCUGAUCUGUGAUGUGCAAAUGGACAAUGUACCAGUAUCAACCAUCUCGGGCCAGACCACGUCGGAGCGCAUCUUGAGUGUUUAUACCCACCUGAAAGAGUUUCUUCCUCACAUGAAGACAGUGAUGGAGCAGCAGAAAGACUUAAAUCCUCCAACAAACCCUGUGGCGGAGGGGCUUCACAGUAUGAUUACACAUGUUCGCCACAUUGCUCUGAGGGUGAACUGUAUCUUACAAAUCCUGCAGCCAAAUAUACCCAUUCCUGAGCCAGCUGAAAGGCCAACGGGAAUUCCCCCUGCGCAAAAUAUUUUCCAGCAGAAAGCCUAUGGAUGCAUUGUCCUGUCUCGGCUUCAGGAGCUCCUUGGUCAAGCAGUUCAAGAACAGAAGUCUCUUAAGGGGAAAAUGUGCAGAAAGAGGACCAAAAAUGGUUCUUGACAUAAAACAAUAUUGACGUAAUUUAUUAAUAUUUAUUUUUGUACAUCUAUAACUGUUGAAGAGAUGCCCAGAGUAUGUUUUUGUUGAUAUAUUUAUUAAUAUAAUUUAUUUUUGUCCUAACUGUCAUAUCCAUAUACUGUAUGUGGGCAAAAAGUGAAGUUAUACAAAUUGAUGUUUUUUGGGGGGGUUUUCCUCAAAUGGACAAGAGUGGUUUAUGUUAUUUGGCUGUCAUAGACUGUUGUGGUUCCUUGAAUUAUUUGACAGUAAAAAUAUUUUAAUUUGAUUUAGCUGUAAACUAUGUUAUAUAUGUCAUCACAGGCAGUUGUUUUGAUUACAAGGAAAUUUGCAAUGAUUACCUGUGAUGUCACACGUUAGCCAUAUUGGCUUUUGUGGUCAAUGCUAACAUCUAUAGCAUGACCUGAAUAACCUAGUAAAAUGUAUAUGUCUGAGACAUCGCCUUCAGUUGAGACCAUUUUAGAAGACAGGAAGUGCAAGAGACUGAUAUCAGCUCAUAAUGACGCAUUCAUUUCACCACAUCAGAAAGGGGAAAAAAACUGGCUAGCCGUCUCCCCUGUCACAAGGUAUGAGUGUAUGUUUGUGUCCAUGUGAGUGAAUCUCAAGCCAUUCCCCCUAUAAUUAACGGACUGUGGUCUGUACAUUUCAUGAAUGCUUUCUGUGAAUGUCGUGAUUAUGAAUGUAUGUAUGUAUUUUGAUAUUUAUUUAUAUGAACCCAGUAUUGCAUUCAAAAUAAACGAAACAAAA